AUGGCCGACAUCAUCGGUCCCGCUUUCAUAGCGGCUGCGAACCUAAUACAGCACUACCCUCAGUUUACGGCUGGCAUAUAUGCUGCAGGAGCUAUCACGAUCGCUAUACCCUACCUGACUCCUGCCAAUCAAUCCCACAGUUGGUUGCGAAAAAAUACGACCAAAGAGCAAGACGUCCCCAGCAUCGUAAACGAUAUAAUAUCCAACACCACCAAGCCGGUCGUCGACAUAACCACCAAGACCCAACCGGGGCCUAAUCAUACCGAUAACCCGUCCGCAACAGACAUCAUUCAACCUAUCAAUGGUGUACCGUCUGGAAAUGGAAGCCUCGUCAACAUAACCACCGAGGCCCAAUCGGGGCCUGAGCAUACCGAUAACUCGUUCGCAACAGACAUCAUUCAACCUAUCAAUGGUGUGCCGUCUGGACAAGAAAUCCCAGUCCUACCUGCUGGUACAAUCCUCUGGUCAAUUUCCUUGACAGCUAUUGGUUUUCUUCUAAACAACCGAUGGAUCCGUUUGAACGUCCUUGUCCUCAUUUCCCUUCUGUUCAACCGAUGGUCCCUGUUGAACCGAUGGUUCCUGUUCAACCAACAGACCCCUAUGUUCACCCAAUGGACCCCUAGAUACAUCAGUGAUCCAAUAAUCACGCGGCUCGGAAAACUUGAGCCUACGCUGAGAGCCGUCUUUAGGCUGGUCGUUUUAUUCCUCUUCACCAGAACCUCCCACCCCUAUUUGCAAUAUUUUCUUAAACUAGGGCUCAAAAGCGGCAUGCUCGUGCUUGUAAAACCUACAGCUACAAAGAUCGUAAUCUUCUGCAAAGCCUUGCCUGGUCAAUUCCGGGCCCUGCUUGGUCAAAUUUGGGCUAUGAAGGGCUUCAGUUUUCUCGACAUUGGAAAAACCGCAAAUGUACUAUGGCCCGGCGAAGAAUGGUGCCCACUCGCCUGGCGUUGGCUCUGGCGCAUGCCCACCACCGUCUUCUUUACUACCUUCUGCACUGUUGCCCUUAUCCUUGCGGUGGUAACGUUCCCACAACGCGUCUGGUCGUCGCUGAUUGUGCUCAUUGUAAGCUUCGCAGCCCCCUAUAUCCUCUCGUGCCUGCAAGCUGUCGGGGGGCUUGACUGCAAGCAGGAUUACAUCAUCAUCACCGUGAUAGUCAUUGUUGUGCUGCUAUUUUUCUGGGCUCGGACGCAAGCCUUACUCAACCUACAGCAUGUUUUCGAAAUGCUUUUGGGUGCGAUUGAUAGAAUUGUGCUGAUCUUGACUUCAUUCGCGGCCUCUGUGCAUCACUAUUGGAAGCUCAUCGAAGCCACAGUGCGCAACAGGGUGGAUCAGUGGAAGGAUACAGCUAAUGAAGCUGAAAGAAGGCGUAAACGAAACGUACUCGUGGGAGAGGCCGAAAAUUUUGAUGAGCAGUCCAAUCUACAGCAUCAAGCUAGAGCGGAACAUCUCACUGAGGUUUCACGCGCUGUUGCCCAGGAAAGCAGCGAGGAAAGCAGUAGGCUCUUGGACAAGCUGAAGCUGCCAAGGAACAAUAACCCAACCCCGAAUGCGGGUAACGUAUUAGAUCAACCCUUCGACCACAGUCUGGGAUGGGAUCUAUUGAGGGCAGCCUUAUAUGAGAAUCCAGCUACGGGAUCCGCUCCUGCGCCACGGUUUGUGGGCAGCAUACAGACGUACCAUGCAGAUAAGUCAACAUCCACAACGAAUCUGGUCGAUUUACGAGUCGUCGCUGGACCAGAAGGCCCCAACGCAACGGAUGGAGCAAAUCGACAGUCGCCAUCAAACAAGUUAGAUAAUAAGUUAGUAUUUCACAACUUACCCCCUAGGUCAUCGUUAUCUUACCCGACAAACGAAGAUCAGCAAGAUGCAGGAAACGUAGGAGAUACGCCGUCCGGCUCAAGUGGUACUGCGGCUGGAAGUGGAACUUCACAUGGAAACCAUCAUGGAGGAAACCCUUCUACUACUGGAUAUGGUUCUACAAACCAAGCGCAGGAUCAGUCAUCUCAAAACCAAUCUACUGCGAGACAGGACAACUGGAGGGGUUCCUUCGCAACAGGCGAUCAGGCCAUUGACAUGAAUAGGGAGACGGACGGAAAAGACGAUGACAACGGUGCCCCUCACCUACCUCCAAAUGAUGGCGGCGUCAAGCUAUCCACGCCAGAAACUGUGGAAGCUGAUGAUACGAUUAUGGAUGACACACCCAGAAUAUUUUCCAUCACUAGCUCUCCUGAAAUGGACAGCGAUGUUAUGGAGAUCGACAGCGUUGGUGCGUCUUCUUUUGUCUCGCAGCCUACAAUCCCACAGCCCUCCAUUAAUGGCUCUCAUGCAGCACCUGGCAAUUCUAUGGAAAAUAACAGCGAUGCUGCGUCUUCUGCUUUCUCACAGUCUACUUUCCUACACCCUGCCACCUCACAACCUCCCACCUCGCAAUUUUCCACCUCGCAACCUUCCCCGUCACAACCUCCCAUAUCGCAACCUUCUAUCCCGUUGCCGGCUGUUCCGGCGGCGGCUAUAUCGCAGCCUUCUGGCCAGCCCUCUGCCCCUGUGCCCUCUGUUCCGCAACAGGCUGCCUCAAUGCCCUCGGCCCCUCGGCCCUCUCUUCCGCAGCAGGCUGAUCCAAAGGAAGUUGCUCCAAAGAAGGCUGUUCCCUCGUCGAAGUUUGACCUCAAGGGAAUAAUGACCUCGAUCCGGGGAGAAACGGGAAACGCACCACCUUCAACCACCAAAUCAGUUCCGCCUUCCGAGCUACCUACGAAUACACCUGAUUCCACGUCUAUUCCUACUACAAAUCCCAAGACUGCACAGACGACUCCAAACCCGACCUUCGUGCCGUCAUCUCUGAAUAUAUCUGGUGCAUUCACGUCUGCUCCUGCUGCAGAGCCCGCACCGACGACUGCGACGUCGCCGUUCUCCAAGCCCUUCACUUUCAAUGCACCUAAUGCUACGAAGUUACCGACUUUUAACGCCUCUGACUUUGAUCCUUCGUCCUUCGAUAUCACAAACUUCAAUCCCCCGGAACCUGAUCCCUCGGCGCUUGAUAAAGAUGACGGAUCAGCAGCAAUUCCGUUUUAUAAGCCUCCAUUUACUUCCAAGCUUACGCCAAGCAAUGGCGUGGAUAAUAACACCGCCCACCCAAAGUCUACUCCAAGGCCGCCAUCAUCCCUUUAUCAUCAAUACAAUGAAGUUGAUAUGAAUCAUGGUGGGUCUCACACGUCGGACUCUCUGGAAAAAGACGAAGAUGAAUUUGAAAAGGCGGUUAGGUCUGCAUUUGAAGUUGAGCAUGAGGAUGUUGUUCAGAAACAGAAAGACGAGGAGGCAAUGGACGGAACCGAGGGUGGCCAACAGAAGGACGAGGGUGAAAUGGAAGAAACAAAAGACGAUGAUAAUAAUAGUAACGUGGGUGGUCACUCGGAGGACCAACAUGGUAACGGUAAUUCUCAAUACUCUAGCUCUAAUCACUCAAGCGACGAAGACUCUAGCAAAACAACUGUACGACCAAAAACGGCCAUGGUUGAACUGGACAGUGGACAUUUCGUACGGAAUCCGGACUAUUGGAGGCACAAGAAGUCAGGAAUCAAAAAGCUGGCAACCAAGUAUGGAUAUGGCAGGAAGAGCUGGCGCGAAGUUCCGAUACGAGCAUAUAAAAGAUACGGCAACUCUCCAGCGCUUCUUCAUGACCAUCUUGACGACAUUGGCAUGCAGUGGUUCAAUGAAACGUACUUUGGAGCCGAAGUAUCAGACUGGGAAGAGGAUGGAUGUUAUCUAGCUGACGACAUGGAAACUGAUGAAGUGACUGAUGACUCUGACACAGGCUCGUAUUCUUCACUCUUUUCCGACCGCUCUAAAGACUAUGACACCCUCAAUUCACGAGUGCAGGUCAACGAGACGAAUAACGAGACUCAAAGACCCAAUUCCACAGAGGUCAUCUCUGAUUCAGACUCCGACGAGGAGGAGAACUGGAAAAAGGCGCCGUCGGAACCUUCCAGCUCACCAAAGCCAGAGACUUUGGCGAGCGUUGAGGGUGCACCAACAGUUCCAGCACCUGUCUCUAAUCCGAAUACCCCUACCAGUCAGCCAUCUUCUGUUCCAAAUCCGUAUGAUUUUUCCAGUGCUGCAGACAAGAGACAAGCUGAACAUCACUUUGGUUUUUCCAGUGGACCUGUCCCACAAACAAGUCAAGAAGUCGAACAAGAUGAAAGUCUUCCAGAGAACCCAGGCCUUCCGGGACAUGUAUAUGACGAUGCUUUAGAAGCUGGUUGCAAAACAAGUGCAGAAAUCUUCAAAUAUUGGACAGAGAAUUAUGAAACAGAAAAGAAAUUCCGUCCAAAGGUCGCCCAGCCAAAAAGAAGAAGGAAUGUCCAGCUUCAGAACAUGGCGCCAGUUGUAGUCCCAGAAGCUCAGCCGCUAGCACCAGAACGCCGUUAUCGACGAGAAGUUAGGGUCUUACAUGGUUACUCAGUAUACUACGAUGGCGCCUGUUUUCCACGCGAAAUCUUCGAGGACAGUACUGUUGGACCCAGUAGAUACUUCAAAAACGGUUACGACGAGAUCAUCGAGCUUAGAGGGGGAACACCUUACUAUAUAGACACGGAGACCUGCACGGACAAGCGGUACCACGAUGACAAGAAUGGAAUUGAGGUUGAUUGGGAGAAGGGUGAGGAUCCAGAACCUGUUGAUGAUGACAAUUAA